CCCUCACAGUUCUUCCUCUAAGCACAGCUCCCUUAUGAGGACUCCUAGGGCUGGAGGAUGGGGCAAGUAUUAUGUUAUUGGAGUUCUGAAUUGGCUUUCUCUUCCUGAGAAUAGCAGUGGAGAGGAGGUCCAAGUCAUGGGGUUGCUACAGAGAAGCAAUCAUAGCUCCACCUCAGGCAAUGGUGUGUUUUGCAUUGACCCUGCCUUUCCUUUGUUCCAGGAAGAACUCUCCCGGACCUUGGUCCCUUUUGCAAAUCUGUCCAUGGAAGACAGACUCUGGGUCCAACUUUUGCUCCUAGGAUGACUUCAAUCCAUGCAGAAUAUCCCAAGCAGGGGUAGAAAACACUCUGUCCUCCAGAUGUAACUGGACUCCAAAUCCCAUCAACCCUAGCUAGCAUGGCCAAUUCUGUUUUGAUAGUUUCAGGAUUUUAACAUUGUCUAAGGAACAGUGUGAGGGGCAGAAAUCAAAAUAAAGAAGCCUGUAGGUGGGAAUUACAGCUGCCAGAUGAUUAGGUAAUAAUAACAAAUGAAUGAUUCAUCAACAAUAUCUAUCUGCAGCUCCUGAAAUUUAUAUCACAGAGGAUACCCUGCAAAACACUGGAAUUUUUAGAGUCACUGCCAGUGAUCCUGAGGGAGCCCCUCUGAAGGUAAUUCUCAAUAACUCUUAGACUUCUAUAGCUUAAUCUAUGGAAAUAAGGUGAGGUCUCAAAUUACUUUUCCCCACCCAUGUUCCUUAAAUUGAAUAUUGGGGAAAUGGACAAGGCUUCACCUCUGUUUGUCGUGUGUGACACAGACACAGAACUCUUGGCAAUGUAGCACAGUGCUUAAGAAUGUCAGUCUGGGACUGGGAAGACAACUCAACCAUGGUCCUGGGCCAGUUGCUCUCCCUCUCUCCUUCUAACCUCCUUCACAGGAUCGGUCGUAUGCACUGACUUGAGCUUCUUUGAGGAGAGGCGGGUUAUACAUGUCUUAAAUAAAUAAAUCCCACGGGCGCGUCAAAAUUGCCAACGUGAACAGCAGUGGUGCAUAUGGUGGGUUGGAGACCAAUGCCCUCCUGACACGGGUGUCGCAGCUGCUUAGCUGGUUGGGACUGGGGCACUGUGGGGCAGGGUAGCAGCGAGGCACACAGGGUGCUGUUGUGUCCAGGUCCUGCUCACAGGUGUCCAGGGCCGUCUUUAGCGUAUGUGGUGCCAGGGUGCAAAAAACUGCCCAGCGCCUCCAUUGGGGGGUUGGGGUAGGCAAAGCUUGUUGAGCUUUUUUUAGGGGGGCAGCUCACAACUCUGAGGCUUGGGAGGGAAGCUGUGUGCCCUCCAGCCAUAUAGGUGGCAGGUGCACAACUCUCUCCAGUGUUUUGGCUGUACAUCUGAGUUUCUGUGUAAGGAUACGUGGUUGUUCGUAUGGCUCCAUUUGAGUAGACGGUGUUACUUCCCUCCACAUACUGCACCUGGGCUGGGUAGACAUGCUGGACCUGUUGCACUGUUUGCACUUGCUCAACCUUUUGUUGCACUGGUAAUUGCUGUACCACCUGGGUAGGCAUGGCUGCUUGGCCAGCUACAGAAGUCUGUAAAGUCACUGUCGAACCUGUGUCCGAACCAGUCUCUGAUGUCUGCAUUGAGGGGGGCUGCUGGGGCGCUGCCACUGCUCUGGCUGCUGGUUGUGGUGGUGGUGGUGGUUGUGGGCGAGGCUGAGGCACCGCAGGGUGAGGAGGAGGAGGACGGGGGUGAGGAGGAGCUGCGGCGGGAGGAGAAGGAGGCAGCGGUGGAGUCAGAGCGGAGCCAUUGUUGUUGGUGGGUAACAGUUGCCAGGACUAUGGUGACUAUGGCCUGCAUGCCUCGUGUGAGCAGUGUGUGUACGCUGGGCAGGCCUCUCGACGGCCUGCCAAUCCCAGGUGUGCAGGAGGACAGAGCCAGCCAGCUGCCUCAGCGCCCACAGCAGAAAAGCCUGCGGCGCUCCGACGGGCUCUGAUCCGCUCGGCAGUGGUGUCGACUGGCUUGGCUCUUCAAUCUCCGGACUCCAGACUCUCGGCCUGGCACCCCUGAGAGCCCAGUGCCUGGGUGCCCCACACCCCUAGUGCCUAUGGUUCUCUAUCGAGAUCUCACCGAAUCUCACAGUAUUCAAGAUUGAUGGCGCAGGGACAAUUUCUACAACAGAGACCUUCAGAUCUGAACACAGGGAAAAGAGCUAUUCAGUAAAGGUGACUGUGGCUGAUCCAGAAGGUCUCUCUGCGACUGGAUAUAUCAACGUGUUUCUUGUGGAAGUAAAGCACAGUGGGGAUGUCUUUCUUAAUUGCACUUUUUUCAGUAUUGGGAAAGGCAGAUUGACUCCUAGGACAGAAGACUCGGUUUCAAUGGCUCUGGUGGACAUUACUUUGGAUGAAGAAAUUCCCAUUGGGAUGACAGUUGGCAAGUGCCAUGCUGCGGGAGAAGAUCCAAUGGAUCCUAUCACCUUCGUUCUUGAUCCAAGCAAUCCUUACUUCAUGAUUGACAAAGCUCGUGGGACUCUACUAAUUGAUUCUAGACUGGACAUGGAAGAGGCUGGAUUUAUCAGUGCUCAGUCAUUCACUGUUGUGGCUUGCAGCAGUACCCGGAGGUGUGCUGGCAUUCCUGUGAUAGUGAAUAUACAUGGAAUCAAUGACAAUGUGCCAUUCUGUCAUCAGUAUGUAUACAGAUAUACCAGCAGAGAAGUUAUUGCAAUUAAUACAGUGGUUGCUAAUGUCAGAUGUCACGAUACGGACAGUCCCCCCGAUGAACUCCAUUAUGAACCCAACAGUGGCCCGGUUGGCGCUGGAAAGCUGUUUGAACAAGUUCCAGGUGCUAAAAAUGCCAUUCGGGUAACACAAUAUUUGGACUAUGAAGACCCACGGAAUCUUGCAGUUGGCAGCACCCAUGAAAUGACUCUCUCUGUUUUCGAUGAUGCAAAUCCGUCACACACAGUAACUGCUACGAUAAUUGUGGAAGUCUUACCUGUCAAUGAAUUUGGGCCGGCAUUUAGUAAAGCAGAUUAUGCGUUUGUUGUUCCUGAAACGGCUGGAGUCACCUUUGGAACAUAAAAUUACAUUGAAGGCAUGGAAUAGAAAUUAUGGGAAGGAAGGAAGAAAAGAAAGAAGGAAGGAAGGUUGUCAGCUGCUCAUAAUUAUCCAUAAUUAUUCACACUUUUACUGGCCUUGACUUGAAAUUUGAACUGGAUACCGUUGUCAUUAGUCAUAGGAAGGCGUCAUAUUUCUCCACCUAGGCCACCAAUAUUGUCAACUUUGACUGGAAGCUCUCCAAGGUCUCAGGCAAAGGUCUUUUCUUUCACCAGCUACUAAAUUGUUGCUAGCUGGAGAUGUGGGGGAUCAAACAUAGAGCCUUCUGUUUGCAGAGUUUGUGACCUGUGUACCACUGAGCUAUAGCAAUGGGCAUUGACUUGAAUCAGUUGAGGGAGGGUGGAAAUCAGGUA